GCGAAACCAGCGUUGGCGGAUGGAGCACGACAGUCACCCUAGACGAAAUUCGGUAUCAACCGAAGACAUGUUCAAACUGAGGCAGAAUAGGGAUGCUGUUUGUGAUGCAACAGCACCAAACACAUCACCAGCGCAUGCCUCGACAAGGACAAGGAAAAUGUCAAGCGUCCAAGCUCGGGAAACUGAGCACCGCGGGAAGUGCAGUGACAUCACUCCCCAAUCCGCUGGACUCGGUUGCCUUGCUAGCAGUCUCUCUCACGUCCGGGGAUGAUGUGGUAGUCGCAAGCUCUCGUAUUGAUUUUGCGAACUAUGUUGUCGAGCUGGUCCCGCCGUUGAACCAGCCUCUCCACGUGCAAGAUUCAAGCACAUUCAAGGUAGUUCCGUCGUCGGCCAAUGAACAGAUCGCUUCACCAGCCCUUCUAUCGGAGGAUCCGUCAACUUGGGCGAGUCUUGAGGAACUCGAACCGUUGACGGUUGAGGAUUUCCAAUGGUUGCCUCUUCCCUCCACCGGUUCUUUGCCAACACCGCAUUGGAAUGCCUUGAUGGCACAUUUGCGCGAAUACUUGCACGCUGCAGUACCACCUCCGUCGACGGACGGCGGAGUAGCGAUUGUUGACCUUCGUAGCUAUCUUGCGAAGAUCGACCGCGAGCAAGCAACGCAACGGUACGUCGACAUCGACGCGCCGCUCCUCUACAUCCUCAUUCACAUCGGAAAGGCAACCUGCAGUGCCUUGAUCGAUUGUGGAGCAUCUCGCAACUACAUCAGCCAAGACUUCAUGGCACGCGUCGGGCUAGGCCCGCGCAUUCAAAGGAAAAGUCAGCCUACGCACGUCACGUUAGCCGAUGGUCACACGCAAAAGUCAAUCGACCGUUGCGUUGACUCCGUGCCCGUGUACUUCGCCCCGCUAGCAUGUGAGGCCGUGUCAUUCAACAUAUUGGACACUAAGUUCGAUAUGAUCUUAGCCAUGUCGUGGCUGCAAAGCGAAGACCAUCCGGUAAACUUUUAUCGACGCACCGUUCACGUUCGUGAUCGGCGUAACGAACUAGUCCCGUGUACGAUGCCGCUUCCUCAUCCUUCGAUUGGUUGUCACGUGGUCUCCGCGGUGAGCAUUCGCCAAUCCAUCCGGCGGAAUGACAUCGAGGAGAUGGGCAUAUGUUUUCUUCACGCCCUCCCACCAGGUGACAAGCCCAAGACGGACACAUCGGACCCAUGCAUCAUUGAGCUUUUGGACAGCUAUGAGGAUGUCUUUCAAGCUCCCGCCAGAGUCGUACCGGAUCGGCCCAUACGCCACGGGAUCGCUCUCGAGGACGACGCCGUACCUCCGCGCGGAUGUAUCUACCACAUGAACGAAGAGGAGCUUCAAGUGAUUCGGGCGCAACUAGACGACCUCUUGGCCAAAGGCUGGAUUCGCCCUAGUUGUUCGCCAUACGGUGCUCCCGUUCUCUUCGUCCGGAAGAAGAACAAGGACCUUCGUUUGUGUAUCGAUUAUCGAAAACUUAACGCGCAAAGGAUCAAGAAUGUCGGCCCUCUCCCUCAGAUCGAUGAUCUUCUCAAGCGACUAGGCGACGCCAAGUACUUCUCGAAGCUUGACCUCAAGUCCGGAUAUCACCAGAUCGAGAUCCAGCCAAGAGAUCGGUACAAAACCGCAUUCAAGACGCAGUAUGGACACUUUGAGUGGAUCGUCAUGCCUUUCGGUCUCACCAAUGCCCCGACUACUUUCCAAGCGGCUAUGACGACGAAAUUUUGCGACCUGCUCGACCGCACUGUACUCAUUUACCUUGAUGAUAUCUUGGUUUAUAGCCGGUUGCUGGACGAGCACCUCGAGCACCUUCACGCCGUUUUGGAGCAGCUCCGUAUCGCCAAGUACAAGGCAAACCGCGACAAGUGCGAGUGUGCCCAGCAAGAGCUGGAGUACUUAGGCCAUUACGUUACGCCGCAAGGCAUUCGUCCGCUCGCGGACAAAGUACAAGACAUUCAAGAUUGGUCGGACCUCAAGUGUACUACCGACGUCCGCUCCUUUCUUGGCUUAGCAUCAUAUUACAUGCGCUUCGUCAAAGGUUUUCAACGGAUCGUCGCACCAUUGUCGCGACUUCAGUCCCCCUUGGUGCCCUUCGAGUUCAAUGACGAAGCCCGACACACGUUCCAUACGCUGAAGACGGCCUUGCUCCAAGCUCGCGUCUUAAGCAUCUAUGACCCGACCUUGCCUACCAAAGUGACUACGGACACUUCCGGCUAUGGCAUUGGCGCGGUUUUGGAACAGCAUGACGGCAUAGACUGGCAUCCGGUUGAGUACUUCAGCCAAAACGUGUCGCCUAUCAAUACACUUAAUGAUGCGAGGAAGAAGGAACUGCUAGCUUUUGUCACCGUACUUAAGCGUUGGCGUCACUUUCUCCUUGGGCGUCGACGAUUCACGUGGGCAACAGACAACAAUCCGUUGACUUAUUACAAGACGCAAGACACGGUGAGCAGCACGAUCGGUCGGUGGAUGUACUUCAUUGACCAGUUCGACUUUACCCCCAAGCAUAUACCGGGCUCCUCGAAAAAGGCAGCAAAUGCUCUCUCGCGAAGACCUGAUCUUUGCGCCUUGGUGCACUCCACAUUCGGCCUUGACGAGGACCUGCAACAACAUUUCAUAAACGGCUACAAGUCGGAUCUGGGAUUCUCCACACUCUAAGCGGACUUAUCAUCGGAUCAACCACCGACAAGCAAUUAUCGCAUUGUCGACGACUACUUGCUUCUCCAUACACGACGCAAGUACUUGUUGUGUGUUCCCCAAGACCGCAUCUUGUGCACUCGCCUCCUUGGCGAAUACCACGAUUCGCGGCUGGUGGGACACCUUGGCAUCGCACGCACACUAGCACGACUCCGCCAACGAUUUCACUGGUCCGACAUCAUCAGCGACGUUAAGCGGUACAUUCAGUCAUGCGCAGUUUGCCACUAGAACAAAGGGCGCCAUCAGCU